AUGACCACAAUACUCGAGAGUUUCACUAUCCCGCGGCUAGUCGACACACUUGAACAAUUUGUCGUACGACAAAUAUUAAGGCCCAAACACAAUGGCAGGCAACAGGAGCAGGGAGUAGAAUUUCUGACGUUGGAUUGGUUGGGUGAGAAUUUCCGACGAGUCCAACGUUUAAGAAAAUUCUACUCCCUAUUCCCAUUGCCUGUUGGCUGGCAAUGCGCGACAGGCUUUAGCCUUAGUCAGAAGUUGGAACUGCGUGUCGAUCCUUUUUCUUUCUGGGUGAAAGCAACAGAAGCGACGUGUAGUUCUGACAACUCGUUGCAGGCCAGGCCUGAGAUUGAUCAGUACGGCUCGUCUGACAAAGAAACUGACAUUCAAUCGUGGUGGGAGGUGCCAAGUAUAGCACACUUUUGCUCAUUAUUUAGAGCUGCCUUCAAUCUUCUGGAUUUUGAUAUUGAGGAUCUGGAAGAGGCUUUGUUGACGGACGGCGGUACCGAAGGACGGCUGCUUCAGGAACUGAUAGUAAAGUUACUGGAGGGUUGCUUGCCAAAUGACACCCGCAAUGACAUCUCCACCUUUAAUUAUCAGAUGUUUCUGCGUAGACUCUUUCGGAAGAAAUGUCAAGAAUACAAGUGCGAAAAUCCUUUCAAUACGGACGUAGACUUCGAAUUGUUACCGCUUCGUCAGAAGGUAGAGAUACUACGCGCGCUCUGUGACUUUAGGCUCGACGCCGAAGACGUAGAGCAGUCGUUGAGCAACUUGGACUCGGACAGCCUGCGAGUCGAACCUUUGGGACAUGAUCGUAAGAAUUCUGCCUACUGGUACUUCUACGGCACUCGACUGUACCGGGAGGACUACGUUGUUACUUCUAACAGUGCCUCACACAAGCAGAAAAGUAAGCCAAGGGACAGAAAGCGUAAGAAACGACGGAACCGAGUGGCGAAGGAGGAACAGGAAGAGGAAGAGAAGGAGGAAGCUAGUUUAAUAAACAGCGGGAGCAACGGGCGCGAGAGCGUUUGGCAGGUUGUUUGCUUCACUCAGCAAGAUUGGAGCAGGCUGGUUGAAAAAUUUCGCGAUUCGGAAUACGACACCGAACGCAAGCUUUAUCGCACGUUGUCCGAGGACUUCAUGCCGGAAAUACCGAAAUUGUUUGAUCUGAAAGAGAAACAGCAGCGACGUAAGCUAUUACAACGUAAUAGCUCGCGAGUGCUUCGUAGCCAGGAACCUGCUACACAGAUGGACGCAGUCAUGGUCAGAUCCAAGAUCAGGACUAAAACGACCAAAGGGACUAAGAAAGGGACCCAAGCAUCGAAAUCUUAUAUUAAGGAGGACGCCACUCCGCCGCUACCGGCUCCACCGGUCCAGAAAAAGGGCCGGCAAACGAACAACUCUCUGGCCUCGGCUGUCGGCCAGAUCGUAAUUCACACCAGGGAUGAGGUAGAGGACCUGGAGAAGAAGAAGAAAGGCGUCGGUAAUCACGGCGAUGGCAAUUACGUGUCGUGUAACUACGGCUACAAGUACGGCUACUCGUUCGGAAUCGAAGAGGAGGAGCGUUGCGUCGGUAUGCACAAGGUUCUCGAAAGUAUUAAGGAUCACGUGGACGCCUGGCCAUUUAUUGAGCCGGUGGAUGAGGACUAUGCGCCAAGGUACUAUAGUGUGGUACGCAGGCCAAUGGAUCUGAAAACUAUGGAGGAGAAGCUGGAGAAUGGCUCGUAUAAGAAUUUAAGUCAGUUUAAGCGCGACUUUCGACUUAUCGUCGACAACUGCAGACAGUACAAUGGUUCUGAUAACGAAUACACGGAUAUGGCGGUUAAUCUUAAGGAAGCCUUCGACAAAGCCGUGAGUCGAUAUUUGGAAUCGGAAACGUCCAGUGACGAAGAUCCUACAUCGCCUCCGUCACUGGCCGGAUCACCUACGUCUUUAUCGUAUCCCUCGCGUCAUUUAUCGUCUUUGCACCAUAACGCACGAAAACGUUCGAAAAAAUCAACGAAAAAGUCCAAGUCGUAUAAACCUGAAAGUAAAGCAAAGUCUAAGAGUAACGAAAAGGUGGACGAGGAUGAAAAAAGAAACAAAAGUAUUAAAGUUGCGAAGAAGAAGAGGGGAAAGAAAAAAGGGAAAAAGGUGAAAGAGGAGGAAUCGGACGAGGAUGAGGAGGAGCAGGAAGAUCGGGAAAGCGAGGAUUCAAUAUCCGAGACUAGUACCGUGACGUCGAAGAGAAGAAAAAAUAUUGAUGUAAAUAGUUUACUUAAAACCAAAAAGCUAUCGAAGGAAACGGAAGAAUUAAAAGCGUCUAAUAAAAAGGCGAGCAAAGAGCGGCAUCAGUCGAAAAAAGACUCAGAAAUUGUACGGUCUGCCAAAGAAACGAAGGAGAACAAGAAACGAAAGGAGAAUUUCGAGGAAGAUUACGAACCUCCGGUAAUUGCGAAGAGUAAAAGUAGAAAGAUAGAAAAGAAGGAACUUGAAGAAACUGCGAUAUUGAUAGACAACGCGAAGAAAAGCAAGUUGAGAAAGAUUGAGGUGGAAGAAAGUGACACGGUAUUCGAAGAGAGCAAGAAGCAAUCUUCCCAUGUCAAAACGAAAAAGAGCCGUAAGAAAGAAAAGUCGAAUUUGAAGACUGUAACCAAGUCUGACGAAAAGUCCGACAAGGGCCACAUGAAGCAAAAGAAUAAGAAAUCAAAACAAAAGAACGAGGAAUUAAAGAAUGGAGAAUUAAAAAGUCAAAAGGAUCCCAAAGAUGUAGAGUUAGAAACUGUUUUAGACUCCAAACAUACCCACAUCUCCAAGAAAAUCUCCACAUUCAUUGGUAAUAAAGACGUAGACUCGCUUGAUAGUUUAAAAGAUAAGAUAAGCGAUAGAAGACGAGAGGAAAAAUUAAAGAAUGAGAAAGAGAAGCAAAGAAAAGCGAAAGGUGACGUUCAUGGUGUCUAUUCAAAAAAAGUGCCUUCAAACAGUAGUACUUUCCACGACAAUGAUAAAGAAACUAGUGCAAAGCGAUCAAAGUCGAAGAAAAGUACGAAGGAAGAUAAGGUUGCGGAUGACGGGACUAAGAAGCACGAUCCGGAAAUCAGUGAAAAUAAAAAAAGCACUCAUGCUAAACAUACCAAAGGAUUGGGAGCCGAAGAGAGUCCUGCGAUUCAAGCAUUAAACCAAGCGACGGAGAAAACACUUCAUGAUAUUAACAAGUGGCUUGACGACGCGCCCAGACUCUCGGGAUUCUCGUCUGGCAGUGACUCGCCAGUGCUUCACACCUCUUCCAUCGAGUCUAAUCGACCAGGAUCCAAAGUCGAGGCUGUGCGAAAGAGACCAAGUUCCAUCAAGAUAUUUGGUCCUCAUGGACCGAAUAGGCCGAAGAAGAUACAGCGCACGAUCGAUCGUUUGCAGCCCGGUAAAAGCAAGGGGAAUUUACUUCUGAAGAAACCGCUUAACGCGCCCAGCACCAAUGCCAAUGAUGCCGCGAGCUCUACUAGUGAUAACGAUCAGUCUAACAAGGAUAACGACGAGGAGCCGAAGCUCAGUUUAGGUACUGUGCUGAAAAACGUGGAUUCCAUCCAGUUGAUCUGCAAGAGUCUGGUGUCGUCGCCGAAUCCGAAUUUGUCGAACGACGACGAGGAAGAGGAUCACUCUCUUGCGACACAAGCGUCCAAUGUGAAGGAGGAGAAAACGGGGGGGAGCGCGAAGGAAGCCACGAAAGCGUCAGGCACGGCGGAGGAGAAGGACGCGGCUCGAUCCGGUACGGAAGAGGCGCAGAAACCGAAGUCCGCGACGCCAAAUUUGAGUGCCUGGUUCAAAGCCUUUGGAGCGCCGAAAUCAAAAAAGAAGGACGAGGAGGCGGAAGAGGCGACGAUGAUAAAAAAGGACGGGGAUUCGCAGGAGUCGUUUUGCGGCAGGCAACGACGGCUGAGCACCGGCGGCAGCAGCGUCAGCGAAUCGGUGUCGAGUUUCUCCCAGGAAUCGCCACCGGCGCCGCGCGCAGCGCAUUCCCCGCAGUGCCAGCCCGUGAUAGCCCCGACCGAGCCGAUAAGGGGCGCGGGCUUCUAUCAGGACGCGUUGUCGACCGGUAGCAGCCCCUACAACAGUCCCUAUUACGCGACCCCACCGAGAUACAGCGCGCAAUUGCCGCCCACCCCGUCGCCGCAGAAUCAUCCGUUGUCCCCGGCUUAUCCGUCGCCUUACGAGCAACCACCGCCCGUCUAUCCUCAGGUACACGCGCAGCCGCCGUAUCAGUCGCCGUAUCAGAAAUCCUCGCCUCAGGACAACGCCAGCGAGCCGCCGUAUCCGCAGAUGUCUCCGCAACGUUUCCCGCAACAGUUACCCGCCGGCAAUCAAAAUCAAUCGCCCGUUUAUCCGCAACACUCCCCGCAAGCGAUGCAGCCGGUGUAUCCUCAGCCGUCGCCCCAGACACCGCCGUCGAAUUACUCGCAGCCAUCGCCGCAGCAACCAUCCACCCCGAGUUACUCGCAGCCGUCACCGCAGCAGAACGCGGUCGCUAAUUACUCUCAGCCCUCGCCCCAGGCGGUCGCCAGUUAUCCGCAGGUUUCUCCGCAGCAGCAGCACUCCCCUUACUCGCAGUCCUCCCCUCAGACGCCGCCGAAUUACUCGCAGCCGUCCCCGCAACAGCACUCCCCGUACGCACAGUCCUCGCCUCAGCAGCCCGCUGGAUACAGCCGUCUGUCGCCGCAGCCGCCGCCUGCGAAUUACUCGCAGCCCUCGCCCCAACCACCCAGCGCGUACGUGCAGCCGCCCCCUCAGCCGCCGAGCUUCUCCCCGCAGUCGUCGCCGCAAACACGGCCCGCCAACUACUCCCAGUCGUCGCCGCAGCCACCAAGCUCUUAUCCGGCCCCGCAACACGACCGGAGUUACUCGCAGUCGUCGCACCAGCAGAUCCAGACCUUCCCCCAGCACUCGCCGCAAGCGCAGUCCCCGUUCUCCGAGGCGUCGCCGCAGAACAGCUCGUAUUCCCAGUCGUCGCCGCAGCCACUGACCAAUUACCCGCAGUCGUCUCCCCAGCAGUCGGCAACGUACUCGCAUCCGCUGCACUCGCCGCAGACACCACCAAAUUACUCGCAACUUUCGCCGCAACAGGUGUCUGGGACGGUGACGGCGACGGCACCGGCGGCGACGGCGGCGGCGGCGGCGGCGGCGGUGGUGAAUUACUCGCAACCGUCGCCUCAGCAGUCGCGCAAUUAUCCACAAUCCUCCCCCCAGCAAAAGUCCACGUGCAAUCCCGUGCAGCCGCCGCAACAGUCGCCCGGCUACUCGCAAUCCUCUCCGCAACAGGCCGCCAAUUACUCCCAGCUUCAGUCGUCCAAGAACUCGGAGGAAUACGGUGCUCAGGCAACGGCGCUGUCUGCGAGUUAUCCCCAGGACUUCAAGCAAAAUCCCACGUACAUUCAGCAGUCGCCCACGAUAUCCUCGUCCGUGAACGAGACUGAACACCGGGCGGAGUAUCUCAAGCCCAACGCUACCGAGAAGCCCGUGACAACGGGCGAUCAGCAGAGGAACUUCUCCGUUCAGUCGGAAUCGUUGAACCUGAACGCGAAUCAUCAGAUCUACCAGUCGGCGGGUCAAUACCCGCCAACGUAUCCGAACAGCUUUCCCAACGUCGAGCUUCAGAGGUCCGCCUCGAGGCACGGCGGCCAGCCGCAGACGCAGCAGCAACAGCAAUCCGCGCCGCAAGACUCGCGGGCCGGUUUCACCGAGAUCCAGCCGCGCGGGUUCCUCGGCAAGGCGCCGUCCGGCAGCGGUGAUCAAUUGCCCGCGGCCGCGCCGGAGCAGACGCAACUGCUGGCGUUCCAGCAGAACCUGACGACGGCCCACGAGCCGCUUUACCCGAGCGGCUUCCAGCCGUCCGCCUACUCGCUACCGCCGCCGAACUCGAGGCCGGUGUAUCCUAGUCCGCAUUAUUUCGACCCCGGCUCCAAGUCCACCGGCGGCAGUGGAGCCGCGUCUGGCGGCUCCUCCGGCAAUCCACCGCCGAUGAAGAAACGCGCGUACGAGCCGCCGCCCGGCGAGUCGGGCGCGCGCGGUCUACCGCAGGAGAGCGCGGUGACGCGUUCGGGUCAGGAGCAGUUCCCGAGUUUCGAGCCGAUGAUGGGCCUGCCGCAACCGGAGGCCGUGUCGGUCAGUCAGUUCGACGGCACGCCGUUCGUCGGCGGCCUGGCCGACUCCAUGGCGAGCAAUUCGCCGUACGCGCGGCUGAGCCUCGGCCUGGUGGGCCGGCCGACGAGCAAGGAGCAGCAGCAGCUGUUGACGAUCCCGCGACCGCCGCCCGGCUCGAAGACGGAGCAUCUCGCCGCUUACGGGCGCGGCGCCGCGCCCAGCCCCGCUGAGCUCGAGCAGCUCAACCUGCUGCAGAGCCUGCAGAGCGCGGCCAAGACCAGCCAGGGUAUCCUCGCGAUAUCCCGGCGAUCCGGCGAGGGCGACGUGCGGGCGACACCCGUCGCCGCGAUGACCCCCGUCGCCGCGACGCCGUCCAAGACGAAGAGAAGCCGGAAGAGCAAGCAUCCGCAGCAGCAGCAGGAGCAGCCGAGCGCGGCCAUGACGGCGACGGCCGUGGCGACGAGCGCCGAGCAGCAGCAAACGGCCGCCGGGAUGCCUGCCUUCCCGCAGUACGCGGCCGCGACCGCGGCCGAGUCGAUCGGCGCCCUGAAGACGGUACCGCCGCCCGCAGGUAGUGCCUUCAACUUCGCCGCCUCGGCGAGCGGCGCGACCGCCGGCCACGCGCCGCCCUUCCCCUACGACAAGGACGCCACCGCGGCGGCCGCACUCGCCUUCCUCACGGACGAGUUCCGCAAUCCGAGCAGUUACUACAACAUGGCCCUGCGUCAGCAGCAGCAGCAGCAGCAACAGCAGCAGCAGCAGCAGCCGCCGCAGCCGCCGAUGGUGCCGCCGACGGUGAGCAGCGCCUCGGGUCAACCGACCGCCUGCAACAAACUCGGCAACCAACCACCCAGGAACUACCCGCCGCCCCACUCGUUCCUCGCCCAGAGAUCGCCCUACGUCCCGCCGGUCUCCGCCUACGUCGCGCACAGCCACGGGCCCAACCUGAUGGACCAGGCCGCCUACCAGCAGUACCUCCACUCGCUCUACACCCUCCAGCCGCCGCAUCACCGACCGUCCUGGCUUUAGCCACUAAGAUCGCUGCAAGAUCGGUCCGUGAUUCGAUGAUGACAGAUCAGCCUUCUCGCGGAUCUCGAAACGACGUGAUCGUUUGGGCUCCUGAGGAAUACCAAGUGUUAAUCGAAAAUCUCUUGGCGAGACGCGCGAGAGAGAAAGAGAGAGAGAGAGAGAGAGCAGUAUGCCCUUGUUUUGUCAAUUUUCUAUUUUAUUCACAAGGGACAUCCUCCUCGCGACUUGUCUUUUCUCCUUUUUUUUUCUUUUUUUUCUUUUUUUUACGUAAUUGACCGUCGUGCGUACCCAUGAGGCUCUCUACGGAGUAUUAGAUGAACGACCGUUUGUAGAUUUAUUUGACCGCAACUUCCUUCUCACGAGCGACCGUCGCAACUCGAGUAGCUUUGACACUUUUACACCGUUCGUCGAGGGAAGCCGAGCUUCUACAUGUACAUAAGGGUCUACUUUCGAUAUAGGAAUUUUUGAUAGUUUUCUAAAGCGAGAUUAACCGGCAGAUUCAGUAGCUCUAAGUCAAUCCGCAUUGUCUAUCAAAAGUUCCUGCGUGCGCGAGCGUCGGACAAGGUAAUCUCCGCGGAUAAACAAUGUAUAAACGUAUAUUUGUGCGACGACGCACCGCCGUUUGCGCGCAUUGUUGACUCGCUAGGUGCGUCUUGCUGAUCCGCGUUGACGGACGCGCGAGUUCCUCGUCGGCACACGCGCGUGCGUGUGCUUCGGGACACGGCGAUCCUGCAAUAUUGAAGUAUUUUGCGUUGUUAAUUGAACCGACGACGGGCGUCCUCCCUAUCUGCAUCUCCGCCGUUCGGGUCCACAAUUGGCCGAGUGUCGUUUAGCCGUCGGGCUCCUCCCCCGUCGAUCCUCCCGCUCGGCCCGCUAGCGAAUUAAUCGUCGAACUUGUAGAAGAGGAGGAACUCCCGCCUGGGAGACCGAGGAUUUUUUUUGUGUAUAAUAAUUAAUCGAGCGCGCUCUGUUGCUGGUGUACGUUAUGUAGAUUACCUAGCGUCGUAAGGGACCUAGCACGUAAGGGAGUUAGGCUUUCUUUGUAUAUAUACAUAUGAAACACAUAUCUCGCGUAGAUGACGAUUUGCUCGAAUCUUCAAUGAGGGGAUCUCGAACGUGGGAUCUGUGCAAAGACCCGGGAAGAGGAUCGCGACGAGUCGAAUCCUCGUUUGGAAGAGAAAGAGGCAUGGUUUUUGUUUUCUUUUUGUCGGGAGAGGCAUAUAAUAGUAUAACGAGAGAUCAGCAGAAAUAUAUGUGUAUAAGCCCCAUGUGCGGAAUAAGAAACAAAAGACGAAAUAUACCAUAAUACGCCGCUAUCGUCGUUACACCCAUUAAACUCAUCUUUAUCGUCGAGGCAGAGUAUUCGUCGGGAGGAGAAGCGGUAUUGAAACUUAUAAAUAUAUACAUAUAUAUUGUAAAUGUAUAUUGUAAAUGUAUCUAUGACAAAUUAAAGCGCAGUUUGUUACAAAA